UCUCGGCACUUGAUCUUCGACCUUCCAAGGUCUCUCCGUCGGUUUUUUUUGUCACAGUCACUGCUGCCUUCGCAAGCACUAAAACAAAAUGGACGCAUUUUUAAAGCUCCUCCUGAUUGCACUUGUUGCCGGCUUUGCACAAAUUGCAUCGUCGACAGUGACCUUAGAAAACUGUCCAGGCAACAUUUACUCCAAGACGGGCGAAGCCUCAUUCACGCUCCCAACAGCCAAGGCUGACCCCGGAGUUGACGUGACAAAACUGGAAUGUGAUCACGCUCACGAGCCCACGUUCUACACAGAGUACGUGACCAAAGUCAUCUGCACUGCCGAAGACGCAGAGGGGGGCAAGGCAUCUUGUGAAUUCAACAUUUAUUCACCUGACGGUGCGGGAUGCCCUAAGCGACAAGACGCCACUAACGACAAAUGUGUGUGCAGCCCAUUACGUGCCUUUUUCGAUCCGUGCGAGUGCGUUGGUAAUUACAGCGGUCUCACCUGCCAAGUUCUGAACGCAGAUAAGUGCACGGGAACCAGCGACCCCCCGUCGUGCGAUUGCAGCUCGAGUCCCUGCAAUUGCAAGGAUGGUUUUAAGGGAGAGACAUGUGAAAUCGACUUCCAAGCUCCGAUGAUAACAUGUCCGCAGGAUAUUUUCACAAGAGAGGAAUCAGUCCAACUUCCACCAAAAGACAACUUGAUCGUAAGUGACAAUGAUGGGGACGAGCCGUCGGUGAAAUGUAGCCCCGAGCUUGGUACUUUUGUGAACAGCACAGGCAACACAAUCCGCAGCGUAACAUGCUCGGCUAGGGACACCGUGGGCAACAGGGCUGAUUGUUCGUUCAAGGUUGUGAUUGAUGUUGAACCGCCCCGUAUUCCAUAUUGCCCUGGCAUUAUCCACACUAACAAUUCACAGCACGAGUGGCCCGUCGAUAUAGCUGUGGACAACAGCCACCAAAAACUGAACGUCACGUGUGAACCCAAGUCAGGUGACCCCCUCACAGACUACAUCACUAAUGUGACUUGCUAUGUCCAAGACAUGGCCGGCAACGCUGCUGAGAAGAACUGCACCUUUAAGAUAUACCUGGAUGGGGGUACCUGCAGUAAUAGUGACGCCAAUUGUGACUGUAAUAGUGGUUGUUUUUGUAAAGAUGGAUUCAGUGGUCUUACAUGCGAAGUGGAAGACGGUAGCGAUUGUGCAUCAUCAAGUGAGACGGGUCCGGGCUGUGUGUGCGACGGUGGCUGCACCUGCAGAGAUGGAUACAAGGGCGCUAAUUGCGACAUAGAUUAUCAGCCCCCGGAGCUGUCCAACUGCCCCUUCGGGGAAAUCUGGUCCCAAAUCCCCGUGGUGACUUACCGACCCAUGUGGACAAAGGAUAACAACGACACCAAUGCUCCAACGACUGUCACCUGCUACCCUGAGGAAGGCUCGGAGUUCUACGAUUAUAGGACCGACGUGACCUGCUCGGCGGAAGAUGAGUCCGGAAACAAGGAAUCCGACUGCCAAUUUCCUGUCCGGAGAAAUUCUGCAAGUGAAUGCGAGUCGGAUGGCAACAACUGCUACAAUUGUCAGAGCAGAUGCAGGUGUAUGCCUGGCUAUAGGGGACCCAAAUGCCAAGUUUGUGCUGACUGUGAUAACGGCGGCUACCGUGAAAAUCCUGAGGAUUGUCAGUGUCAGUGCAAAGGACUGUAUCAUGGUCUGGACUGCGCUGAAUGCUAUGAGCCAAAUGCUGACCACUGUCUGAACGGAGGCACCUUUGUUAUGGAUACGUGCAGUUGUGAUUGUGCGGGGAAUUGGACUGGCCGCCAUUGUGAUCAAAUGCCUGGAGAUGAAUGCCUAAGUGUGCCUCCCGCAGACAGAGUAGGGUGUCUCUGUUCAAACAGUAUUUGUACAUGUGAACCUGCCUACACAGGACCGAAAUGUGACACAUGUAAACCGUGCCAAAAUGGCGGCAACAAUCAGGAUUCAAGCACCUGUAUCUGCACGUGUCCAGGAUACUUCAUUCAACCUCUUUGUUUAGACUGUGAUACAUCUGUUGUGUGCCAAAACGGAGGGACGUUGGAUGAAAAUACGUGCACUUGCCAAUGCGUGGAUGGAUGGAAAGGGAAGGAUUGCAGCGAAGCUGCGACUUUUGGAGAUAAAUGCCCAAGCGACAUCAUCAUGCAGCCGGAUGCGGGACAGACAACUGCGAAAGUCACCUGGAAAGACCCAACCGAGACCGACGCGAGCGUUGAGUGUCAACCAGCGAGUGGUAGUCAGUUUCAAGACGGUACGACAAAUGUAGUUUGCACGGCAACGUACACUGGCGGAACGACCUCUUCAUGUUUCUUCAAAGUUAUAAUAGAUGGAAGAGCACCCUUUGUCAACUGCCCAGCAGACAUGGAACCCUAUCACCAAAGAUGGAAGGACACUGCUGUGAUCUCAUGGGCUAGCGUCACAGCCGAAGACGAAGUGUCUGGUACCCUGCCUGCUACCUGCAUCCCACCGAGCGGCACUGUGUUCGGUUCGUCGACCGUGGUAUGCACGGCAUCUGACCAGGCUGGGAACUUGGGAUUCUGCACUUUUGAUGUCACGGUGUAUUUACGCGGUAGUACAACCAGAUUUCCGACAUCAAUGAGUUGUAGAAAAUGCUACAAUGGUAACCCAUACGGGAGAUGCACAUAUCAAGAGGACGAUGACGAGUAUGUCUGUUACUGCUCCAGUGGCUACACGAAAGACGCAGAUGGUAUAUGUCAAGAUAUUGAUGAGUGCGAAGAGAAUGAAACUUGUGAUUCUAAUGCUAAAUGCGUCAAUACCAUUGGUGGCUAUCGGUGCGAGUGCAACGACGGAUUCUAUGGCAGUGGCACCUCAUGCAGGGAGUUUCCCUAUGAGACGUAUCCAGACCUUCCCGAACCUCAAGCGAAUGAACCACCUUUUGAGAAAAUUAUAUCUAUCGAUGUGAGUAUUGCGAGCGAAUCCAUGUUCGGAUGUGACAUGACCAACGAUCCAACGUCCAGCGAAUGCAAGAUUCUACACACCGUAUUUACUCAAAAUCUCCGUGAAAAGUACUUGGAGUUUUCCCCAGCACUGCUUAGAAUUGAACUUCCGCAGAGCAAUACGAGGAAAGGCAAUUUUGGCCACACGGUAGUGUAUGACUAUUCCCGUUUGUCUGCGAGUCAGAAAGCAACCUCUGCUCAAGACUUUUACGGGGAGACGAUUGCUUCGAGUGUUGAAGACGGAGAACUAGGAGGUUUGAAACUUGUGAAGGACUGUACGGAGUGCGCACCGCCCAAGGAUCUGACAAACUUGUGUGGUAAUAAUAUUGCAAAACCUGAAUGUGGCGACGGCUAUUUCUUGAAAAAGGUGGAAUCGGCAGAUAAGACGAGCUGCUACUACGCAUGCGAUUCAUUAUGCACCACAGACUACUGCAGUGCCGGCACGUGCGUGCACAACCCUCCGUUCGAAGCAAUUUGCAGGUGCCCAGAUAAUACAUUUGGACCCAAUUGCGAACCGAUCACCGUGACCACAGACAAGGAUGAUGGGGGCGGGGGCGGGGGCGGAGACAAGAAGGAUAAAUUGGAUCUGCCGCUCAUCCUUGGCUGCUCCAUCGGUGGGGGCGUGCUUCUGAUCCUCAUCCUGGUCAUUAUUGGCUACCUCAUCUACACGAAGAACAAUGCUAAGGUUAAAAAAUCAUACGUGGAGAACGGGAAAGCCAAUGAAGCAUUCUCCAUGGAGAAAACUCAUCAGGUUGAGGAGCAGUGAAAUGGAAAUGAUCAAGCAGACCGUCCAGGGGCUUUUCACAUCGGAUUCAUCACAGGCCUAGCCACUCCUACUUGACAUUCCAUUCCAAACUAAAUAUUUUAUAAUUGCUAUUUUGUAGGAGAGAAUUGGGUCAAGCUGUGAACAGUGAUUGAGAACCACCGUUUUUAUUACGAGACUGUUUUUAUUAUCUAUACAAGUAGUUCUUAUUAGCCAGUUUGAUUAGGUCUUUUCGUUAUUUUCGGUCAGUUAGACAACUUGGUUGCAUAAGGCUCCCAUACCAUCUAUCUCGCAUUCCAUGAUAUAUCCGGCCUAAAACGACAAAACGUUAAAACAAUAUUGCGUGAGGUAUAUCAUGAAUGGUGAAUCAUCAGCGUAAAUUCAUUAGACAUCACGGAUAUCAAAUAAAGUUGACUCCUUUGUGAGUCGAUUGCUAGGAAAGUUUUAGGAUAGUCCAUUAUUAACCCUAGCACCCUAAGGGCUCUUUGGUGGUCAAGUACCAAAUACUACAGAAUACUACAAGUGUUGUGCAUUGGGAGCGGUUAGAGGUCAACCUAUCGUUACUGUCCGUGGCUAUGUAUGGGCUGGCAACCUUCAAAAUCUUCUGUGGCUUCAUCUCUCAGCCGAUGCCGGAAAAUGUACCAAGGAAACCACAUCGCCUGGCUUCAAAGUUAAGGGGUUAUACUUGACGAUAGCACAGCCCGGCUUACAAGUGGAAGUGAUUCAGUGACUCGGAAUCAGUCAUUCCAUCAGCAGUGUACAAUGAGAAAAGUAUAGGCUAGAUAAAGAAAUGCGAGAACCACAUGUUCCGUAAUACUUCUCGCAGCUUUAUCUUUCGAAAUAUUGAGUGUUUCAAGCGUGGACAAUCUGUCAUUCGCGCAUGGAUCACCUCGUUAUGAAACUAAUAGUUUUUUUGCCUUAAAAAUGUAGUCACAUAUGUUGACUUCUUGCAUUAUCUGACCGCUGACCUUCAGUUGCACUUUCAGAUGAUUGUUCGUCUUUUUUGUUGUUGAUCUAAUGAGUAUAUAUUUCAGCUUUGAUGUUUUUCUGUUUUGUGUACAUUAGGCUAUGAUUUUAAUUAUUAUUAAGUUGGUUUUAUUUUGAUAUAGGCCUAUGAUUUUACAUUGGUAUUGUUGGGUUUUUUUGUAAGCGCUUUGUAAUUUGUAUUAGAAGGCGCUAUAAAAGUUUUUAAUUUUUUUUUGAUAACUCAAUAUUGUCUAACAAAUGUUCGACAUAAGCUGACUUCCGUGUACCGAGUUAAUACCGCAAACAAACGUCCUUUUCUAAUUUUUCAAGGAAUACAAAGGUUAUCUCCUCUUUAAAUUAAACAUCGACCAAUAAAUAGGCCCAAGUUUAGUAA